GGGGGACAUCUAUGAGGUGGCCAGACCCCGGAUCAACACCAGCAUGCUGGCCCGGUACAUAGGGCAGCCCGUGUGCUUCGUGGGCCGUGUGGAGAAGGUCCAUCCUACAGGGACGUCCUUUGUGCUGUCCGAUGGGGCAGGCAAGAGCACAACGGUGGAGUUAUCAGAACCACUGGAUGAAGAAUUAUCUGGAAUUAUAGAAGUUGUUGGAAAAGUUACCCAGAAGGCAACAGUAUUGGGCGUUUCAUACGUCCCAUUUCGGGAAGACGUUGGUUCUUUUGAUCUGGGGCUUUAUGAUGAAGCACUGAAGAUAAUUCAUGAGUAUCCACAACAUUAUCCAUUUGGACUUAAAGGAGCAGAAUAA